AUGUCAGUUGUUACUGGAUCCGAUUACGAGGGCUAUGAACAGCUGGGGAAUAUUUUCAAUAUCUCGGCAGCCGUUUCAAUUCCCGCCAACGCCCGCAUUGUAGCCACUUCUGGCCAAAUUGCCGACAACCAUGAUCCAAUGUGGGGAACACACGCUGAGCAAUUCGAAAAGUCAAUGAUCAAUAUUGAGAGAUCUUUGGCCGUCGCAUCUCCUCACAUCACGGAUUCAAGACAACUGUGGGAAGGAAUAUUCUAUGUCACGUCAUUUCAUGUUGGGGUUUUGUCAAGGGAAGAACAAUUGCAAAUAGCCGAAAUUGCCAGAAAAUAUUUUGGAAAAAAUAAGCCUGCGUGGGCAGCUAUUUGUGUCAAUGCCCUCUUCCCACCGGAAGCUUUGGUCGAGAUCCAGGUUCAGGCAGCUUAUCGCGACGAGAAUUGA